UGCCGCCACCAGAAUGCGCCUCCGGUUUGGUAACGGUUGUCUGACUAAGAGUCGCUGGUUUAGAUUUCUUGGAUUUUCUUGGAUUUACAGUGUUGUAUUCCUGGCCCUAGGAUUCCAAUCUUUGGCGCAGCUCAAAAUUUGCCGGCUGAGAAUCUGCCGUCCUAUUCGUCCUUUUCUCUGGUAAUCUGAGAUUUUCGCAAACACAAUGGCCGCUCGUCAUUCUCGUAGGUUACUACGACCUCUGCUUUACACCUCCGCCGCCGCCGCAGCAGGUGCUGGUGUCCUCUAUGUUUCCUACCGUCCGCGCAAUAUCCCGGGAUCCGAGGCUCCUGCAGUCCCGCCGCCAGGCUACCAUAAUGGCAAACUCGUGCCUCCGAGUUUCCCCAACAUCAAAUCUCGCCUCGAACAGAUCCAAGACCUGAAGCGCAGUGCUGCAGGUGGUCAAGAAGAAUAUGAUUUACUGGUCAUCGGUGGUGGCGCGACCGGUUCCGGCAUUGCACUCGAUGCCGCGACACGAGGGUUGAAGGUGGCGCUGGUGGAGCGCGACGAUUUCAGCGCCGGCACCAGCAGUAAGAGCACGAAGCUCGUCCACGGCGGUGUCCGCUAUCUCGAGAAGGCCGUAUGGGAGCUUGAUUACAACCAGUACAAACUGGUGAAGGAGGCACUGAGAGAGCGCAAGUACUUCUUGAACACCGCACCGCAUCUGUCCAACUGGCUCCCUAUCAUGGUCCCCGUGCAGAAGUGGUGGGAGGCGCCCUACUUCUGGGUCGGCACCAAGUGUUAUGACUAUUUGGCUGGCGCAGAGGGCAUCGAGAGCUCCUACUUCCUCCCCAAGAGCAAGGUCAUCGAUGUCUUCCCGAUGCUGCGGAAAGAUAACCUCUUCGGCGCCAUGGUGUACUACGAUGGCGCCCACAACGACUCCCGAAUGAACGUUUCGCUUGCGAUGACUGGUGCUUUGUAUGGCGCUACGGUGGUCAACCACAUGCAGGUCACCGGCCUCACGAAGAACGCGUCCGGCAAGCUGGAUGGUGCUUAUGUCCAGGAUAUGGUCCCUGGGCUGGAUGGCAAAGAGGCCCAGUCUUUCCCCAUCCGCGCCAAGGGUAUCAUCAACGCCACCGGUCCUUUCACCGAUUCGAUCAGAAAGCUGGACGAGCCUACCGUGCAGGAGAUUGUCGCCCCCAGCUCCGGUGUUCACGUGAUCCUCCCCGGAUAUUACAGCCCCUCCGACAUGGGUCUCAUCGACCCCGCCACGUCCGAUGGCCGUGUCAUCUUCUUCCUUCCCUGGCAGGGAAACACAAUCGCCGGUACGACGGACCAGCCGACGGAGAUCUCGACGCAGCCCCUGCCGUCCGAGCAGGAUAUCAACUGGAUCCUGUCCGAGAUCCGCAACUACCUGGCCCCGGAUAUCAACGUGGACCGAAGCGACGUGCUGGCCGCGUGGUCUGGAAUCCGCCCCCUGGUCCGCGAUCCCAAGGUGAAGACCUCGCAGGCUUUGGUUCGCAACCACCUGAUCACCGUGUCCGCGUCUGGGCUUCUGACGUGUGCCGGCGGGAAGUGGACGACUUAUCGCCAAAUGGCCGAGGAAUGUGUUGAUGAGGCGAUUGAGCAGUUUGGCUUGAAACCCCAGAAUGUGCUGCAUGCUCCGGACAUCAGUGGUGUCGGAGGCAGCGGGCUGGUCGCCGACGGAGCUGUCCUUGAUGGCUCUUGCCAGACGCACCAGGUCCGCCUGAUCGGUGCCCACGGAUUCUCCAAGACCCUCUUCAUCAACCUGAUCCAGCAUUUCGGCCUGGAGACGGAGGUGGCGCAGCAUCUCACUCAGUCUUACGGUGAUCGGGCCUGGCAGGUGGCCGCUUUGUCUGCCCCGACCAACUCCCGCUUCCCCAUGCGAGGCCAGCGUCUCAACCCGCUCUAUCCCUUCAUCGAUGGUGAAAUCCGCUAUGCCGUCCGUCACGAGUACGCCCAGACUGCCGUCGACGUGGUUGCCCGCCGAACCCGCCUGGCGUUCCUCAACGCCGAAGCGGCGCUCGAGGCGCUCCCCAACAUCAUCGACCUGAUGGCUGAGGAGCUGAAAUGGAGCGCGGCCCGAAAAGACGUCGAGUUCCAGUCCGGUAUCGAAUUCCUGAAGUCCAUGGGCCUCCCUCAGGCCUUGACUGGCCUGACGAGGGCCGAGGUUGAGGCUGGCAAGGUCAAGGCCGCGGAGAUUGCCACGCAGCAAUUUGCCCGUACUGAUCCCCCGGCCGACAUGCUCAGCGGGGAUAUGAAGUCUGUGGCUUCUCCCCAGAUGCGCGCCGAUUCCCCCGCGAACAAGUAGGGUUAUAUAAAUAUAUAUAUAUAUAUAUAUGUACAUUGUAUUAGAGGAUUAUGUAUGACUAUAGAGUAAUUCAAAGACAUGGCACAAUUUCUCU